GAGCCUAUUAGAUAAAAUCCAGAAAAGGAAAACACAUAUGAGACUAUAAGAGGAAGAUUGCGGUACAUUAAAAAGGGAACAGAAGAAAAACAUAAAAAGCACAGGGAAACAGAACUCAUAACAGAGAAGCUGGACAAAGACACUUUUGGUUGCAAGAAUGUGGAACGAGACCGAUCUACUGAGAAAUGAUUCAUUCUCGUGUGCCUCCCCGUCUGUGGAGGGCUACCGUUACUUUGGUGUCCUGCUGGGAUCAGCUGUCACCAUCGUAGGAACAAUUGGGAAUAUUCUGACAGUGCUUGCCUUCGCUACCGACACCAACCUGAGGACGCGUUUCAACGUGCUCAUUGUAAACCUGGCCUUUGCUGACAUUCUGUACUGUACUAUGCUCCAACCAGUCAGCGUGGACUCUUACCUGCACCUGCAAUGGAGGGGCGGAGCCAUGUGGUGCCAGAUGUUUGGACUCCUCUUGUUUCUGUCGAACAGCGUGUCAAUUAUUACCUUAUGUCUCAUCGCUAUGAGUCGUUACCUGGUUGUUGCUCAUCGUACAAAGCGCUGCGCCCGUCUGCUCUUGUCUAAACGUGGUGUGGCUGCGCUCGUCGUCUCAUCCUGGGCACUGGGUCUGGCCAGUUUUGGUCCACUUUGGCCGGUCUAUGUGUUUGCACCACAAGUCUGCACCUGCAGUUUUCACCGCACGAAGGGACGGCCUUACACCACAGUGCUGCUCUUCCUUUAUUUCUUCCUGGGCUUGGGCUGCGUAGGGCUUUUCUACUUUUUGAUCUACCGUAAGGUGCGCGUGGCCUCAAAGGCGUUUCUUAAGUACAGGCCAGGUCGAGGAACAUCCAAACGCAAACUAGCAGAAGCUGAGAGGUCCACAGAUGAUAGCGGGAUCAGUGCUGGUGCAUCAACAACUCAAAGCACCGAGAUCAGCAGCAAUGGGGUGGGAACCGGGCAGAACGUGCCAAAAGCAUCUGAAAGCAACUCUGGGGUUCCUGAGGUCAGCAAAACCACACAAGAGUCACAAAACGCAGUGAAGCCAUCUAAGGUACAAAUCGAGACCACCCCUGCGUCCACCACAGGAGAGGACAAUGAAUUUAAACGCGUGACACGAAUGUGUUUCACAGUCUUCAUGUGUUUUGUGGGCUGUUUUGCCCCCUUUCUGUUACUGAACGUGGCUGAUAAGGCUAACCGCGCUCCGCAGGUGGUUCACAUGUUCUGCGCAAAUCUUACUUGGUUAAAUAGUUGCAUUAACCCCUUGUUGUACGCAGCCAUGAACCGCCAGUUUAAUCAGGCCUAUAAAGACCUACUACGGAAAGCCGUACACCCAAUAACUUCAAUUUGGAGAUCUCAAUAAUUCACAACAGGACUUAAAAUGAAAAAUGGCAUUUGAAAGUCAUUUUAAACUUUAAUGAUCCAGUCCAAGCAACCCUUGCACUGAAGUCAUUUGUGGGCAUUCAAUGAACUAGUUUUUUAACAUAUUCAAAGUGGAGACUGGGAGACUUUCAUUUUUCUGGUGAAUAACAUCACAGUGGAUACGUUAAUACCUGACUGAUGAUAUAAUAAGCAUAAGUGUUUUUUGAAGUAUUUUAAUCUUAACUCACAAUUGUAUUUUUUUGUUAUUACACUGUAAAAAAAGAUUUGUUGGUUUAACUUAAAAAAGUAAGUUUUCUGGUUGCCUUAAUUUUUGAGUUAAUGCAACUUAAAAAUAUGAGUUGCAUAAAAAGUUAAAUUAACCCUACAUUUUAAGGUAACUUAAAACAUACUUUAUUAGGUUAAACCAACUGUUAUAUGGUUAUAGAUAUGCAUUUUAUAUUCUCUGUGAUAUUUUCUGUAUUAGCUUAAAUGUUUGCUUGUAUGUAUAAAAAUCUAUAAAAAGUGAAAGUUGGAUUAACUUUAAAAAAAUGACUUUAGCUGGUAACCCCUAAUUUUUCUAUGUUAAUUUUCUCAUUAAGUAAAAAAUGUGCUUACAUUUUUUAGGUGUUACCACUUGAAGUAAUUUUAAAAAGGUUUUUCAACUUAAAUUUUUCACUUAGUGUUAAGUAUUUAAGUUGAUAAAACGUACGUUUUUUUUAGUGUUACCAAUUGAAGACAAAAGUGUUCUUUAUCAAGGCAUACAGUCAAUGCUUUGUAAGCAUUUCUUUUUAAAGAUGUAGGAUUUUCCAGCUUUAACAAAGAUGUGAGAUGGUUUGUAACUGACCCCACAAACACUUUCUUUUUUGUAUAAGUUCCUGUUUGCACCGACUACAUGUGACAUUCUCUGUGCAAAAAUGAACAACGGAAACAAACUGGCGCGUGCAACAGCUUUAUCAUCUCACAUGUAAAACCUUUUUUAAACCAAUUUUAGUAUUUAUUCUGGUAGCUAUUUCACAUUUUCUACGAAAUAUUUUUUAUUGAUUUAUAUUUUCUUGUAUUCUGUUUUUUAAUAUCGCUCAAUUUGUUGCAUCAAAUUUGCAAUUACAAGCAACAAUUUAUGUAUGAUUUAUUUUGAAUUUGAAUUCACUUUAAAUAAAUUUAAUAA